AUGGCGCUUGGUCCGGAUCACAUAUUUGAAAAAGUAAAUCCUGAAAUGGAAAAGCUGGGCUAUGAGUGCAAGUGCCUUGGAGGAGGGAAAAUUGAUCAUAAUAGCAAAGACAAGAAAAUUAGGGUGUUUGGGCUCUCUACAGGCUAUGGAAAAGCAGAUCAUUCGGUGACUGUAGAGAUACUGAAAAAAGUGUAUACAGAUUAUGAAAUUACAUGGUCAGAUGACAAGAAAUAA